AUUGGUACAUGCAGGCCACUUACUCUUCUUUCUUAAUCUUUCAGAGUUUGAAAAUCAACAGUUUGUGAAAAUGAUUGAGAAAGAGAACCAGUUCAUUGCUAGCUUGCAGAGUGAAAUCCAAGCUAAGAAAGAACAGAGCUUAAAACUGGAAACAGAAAUUCACCAGUUUGAUGGGGAUGCAAAGCGUUUACACAGGUUGUUCAUGAAUAACAGGGACAGCAUCAAUAAUUUAAAAAGUACAAGAAAUGUUUUGGUAGAUCAUGAGCUGGUCCUAUCAAAACAGCUUGAAGUCCUCAAACUUAAUACAACUGAAAAAAGCAAAUUUUACAAGGAGCACAUAUUAAACUACAGUGCCACGCACCAGGAGUACAUGAAGAAGUACAAGGCUUUUCCCCAUUCCAUUGAGCUGGAGAACAAGACACAUGUCUUAGAGAUGCAAAAAUGCAAACUUUGUGAAGUACAGACUGCGAGAGAUGAACUGAAGGAGAGCAUUUCUACCAAAGAAAGUAUGUCAAAAGAUAUGUAUAUUGUUCUGGCUUUUUUUUAUCAGCUGAGCUCCUCUGUUAUGCAGAACAUUACUGUAAAGAUGUAUCCUUAA